UUACACUUCGCUUCUCUGCUGAGUCCCACUCCAGCCUGGAGCAGCACUCAGUGCCGUCCAGGCUGAAAGCAUCGGAGCUAUUUCAGACACAUUAAAAGGGUCACAGUCAAUACCUCAGCUGGUAGAAGAAGGUACCUCUUUCAGCAUCAAAAGGAGGGAUAAGCCUCUGUCGUAAAAAUGUCAAAACAACCAGCAUCACAUGUCAAAGCCAUUCAGGCUAAUAUUAACAUCCCAAUGGGAGCAUUUCGACCUGGUGCGGGCCACCCUCAUAAAAGAAAAGAAGUUACACCUGAAGAAGUGGAGGAGAAUGCUCCUGGUUCAACAGAGGAGGAGAAAGAGAAGAAACUGUUCCCAGGAGCUAAGAAACUUCCAGGUCCUGCUGUCAACUUGUCAGAGAUUCAGAACAUAAAGAGUGAGCUGAAAUAUGUCCCCAAAGCUGAACAGUAGCUGGAAGAAACAGGUCUGACAAGUGAAACCGAAUGGAUUCCAAUGAAUGGGGAAAAUUUCAAAUAUUUUAUAUAUUUGUAUGAAGACUCCCAACUCUUCAAUACCCCAUAAGAAGCAUCUUCUUUGUACAUUUAUAUCAACGCUUUCUCGUUGUCCAUUUUGUUUAACAUAGGAAAGUAGUAUAAUAAAAUAUAAUAAAACUGAACAAAGCAACAAGCAAUGAAUGUGUGUAUGUACAGGAAUGAUUUUGACCUUAGAAUGGGGAGUAGUGUAAUUUGGAGUUUGAGCAAAAGUAGAAAAAACUUAAAAUAAUUACAUCAUUAUUUUCAAUUAAUUUGGUUUCUUUCUUUUUGAAAAAUGUCAAUGUGUACAAAAGAGUUUUUAAAUUAAUUCACAAAGUGCAGAAUAAAUGAAGGAUAUAACAUCUUAUGUUCUACUGUCAGUUCCUAGUUAUAGAAGAGGAAUCAUGUAUCAUGUAAUAAAGGAAAUGAAAAUAUUAAAAACAAUGUUUUUUCUGGUGAGUUGAGCUAAAUUCUUCUUUUGUUGUAGAGACAAAGUAUUUCUUUUCCUCCAGAAUCUAAAAUGCACUGCUCUUCUGAUACUUAUGCAUCACCUUAAUACAAUGAAUGUACAAGAUGUGAGGCAGCUGACAGAAAACCUGCAACCUUUAUUAAAAUAAAGAGUCAUCCAGCCUUGAUGGAACAUGUUCAUGAAUACAGCUUGAAGGAUCAUUAUCUUCAAAAGCUCAAAUCAAAAGGGGACACUGGAAUAUGGAUGCUGGGCUAAAGUAAUGUAUGAUCACAGCACCUCUUACAUAGAGGGAUUAAUCCUUGAUGCUUGCAUUAUAUGGACUGUACAUAAAAGAACACUGAUGCAUAUUCCAUUUUUGGAAAUGGGAUCUCAUUGUUAGAGAAAUUUAAUACACUGUGUGUUCAUGGUCUCUUUUAUGUUACUUACUGUAAAGGGAUAUGAGGAGCUGUUUUUAAUAAUAUUCUUCUAAUGUUGAUUGAAACUAUUCUACAUACUCUGGAACUCUCUGCCUGGCUCUUGUUUAUUCAAAUAAAAUAAAGAUAAUUAUUCUGGUUGGUUA